CUGACUUUUUUCUUUGUGAAUCCCUGUUUUCAGUUUCACCAUUUAGGGAAUAUUUUUACCUGUACGCAUAGUCUUCUAACGCUGGUUCAAUGUCUGCUGGGAUCCCUGGCAUUUCUCUUCUGGUACCUUAGGUUUAGUUUGUUUACCUCAUUAUUUAUUUAGGUCUUAUUUCCCAAACAUCCAACAUUUAGUGAAAGGGGUUUUCACAGAAUGAGACCAGGUUGUUAAACAUGCAAGGUUACCAUGUUCUGGUGUUCUUCUGUAAUGUCCCUUGACAGUUGUGAGCAAUUACAGAGACCGAGGCUCCCUUUACACCACAGUUUGUAGUCUAAACACCUUCCCGUACGGCGUCACCUUUAGUUAAACCUAAGCAGAAUGAACUCGGGUGGCUGACUUUGGCCUUUUUUUUUUUUAAACAGUCUCUUUCAGAUCUCGUUGGUAUUAUUAAUUACCUUUAUCAAAGAGAUUAGAGUUGGGUGAUCCUGAGCUAUAAGGAGAUCUGAAGAAAGAGGAAUUGCUUACAAAGUCAACAAGAGGAAAUCCACCCCCACGUAUAUUUUCCCUGAAAAGAAAAGAAAGGCAGUACGAUCUAGUAGAGAGACUACUAGACUAAGUCAAGAGAAUUGGGUCUAGUCCUGGCUCUGGGUUGCCUUUGACCAACUCCACCUCUUGGCCUUAUUCUGUUCAUUUUUAAAACUUAGGGGUAGCACUCAGUCCGUGGUUUAAAAACUUUCCAGAGAAGAAAUUGUGUAGAAAUUUCCUUGAACUAUAUAGAGAAGACGUAGAGUAAGCAGGACCUUCAGCUGUAUUUUAACAAGGGCAGCUAUUUUGUGGUCUGCUUAUAUAACAGUGUCCCCUUAAGAAAAUUAAGUUCGUAUCUUAGACUAGAUGAUAUAAAUUUCUUUCUAGCAUUAGAAUCCUUUUUCUUAGGGUAAUUAUUCAUUUGUAUUCUACUUGAAUUCAUUUAAAUAUCAUAAUUUUUCAAUAAAAGAGAUAUACUUAUUUUAUUCUUAAAAGCCACAGACAUGUCCGUAUUCAAUCCCAUUUGUUUAUAAAUAUAAAUUUCAAAUUUAAUCCCUUUACUAUAAGAAACAUAGUUAUUUAUUUUUCUUUCCAUACCCCCCAUUUUUUUUUUUUUGCUUCUUUCCAUACCCUUUUAUUGUAGCCAUAUAAUUUUUGCUUACAUUGAGUGGUCAUCAUUAUCCUUGCAAUACAGAGGACAUGCAUUUCCCAUUUUACAGAUUCAGCAGCUGAACUUUAAGAUGUUAGCUGGCUUGCCCAAGAUCCCAUUGCUGGUAAAAGUGUAACUCCUAGCCCCGUGUUUUCCUCAGAGCGGCAGCUCCUGGCAAGUAUGACGCAAGGGUUUCACAGAGGAUCUCAAACAGCAGCGCAAAUCCCCUUUGCCAUAACUGUAGGAUAAUCAGUCUUGCGGGAGCUCCAGGAAGGGGAAAAAGAGACCUUCAGAGAAGAUAUGGCUUCCAGAGACGAGAACACCAGGAGUACAAACAGAGUGCUAAGAAUAAGUCAGCUGGAUGCACUUGAACUGAACAAGGCCCUGGAGCAACUGGUUUGGUCCCAGUUUACUCAGUGCUUUCAUGGAUUUAAACCAGGGCUGUUAGCCCGCUUUGAACCAGAGGUAAAAGCAUUCUUGUGGGUUUUCUUGUGGAGAUUCACCAUCUACUCCAAAAAUGCCACCGUGGGGCAAUCAGUUUUAAAUAUUCAGUACAAAAAUGACUUCUCCCCAAAUCUGAGCUAUCAGCCACCCAGUGAAAAUCAAAAGCUGUGGUAUGCAAUUUGUACAGUCGGUGGGAAGUGGUUAGAGGAACGGCGCUAUGAUUUGUUUCGAAACCCUCAUUUAACAUCAUUCUGGAAAAUCCAGCAGUGUGUGAACGUUGUGAUUGGACUUUUGAAAUUAGGUGAGUUGAUUAAUUUCUUGGUUUUCCUUCAAAGAGGCAAGUUUGCAACUUUGACAGAACGACUCCUAGGCAUCUGUUCUGUAUUUUGCAAGCCCCAAAACAUGCGUGAAGUUGGCUUUGAGUAUAUGAAUAGGGAACUUCUCUGGCAUGGUUUUGCUGAGUUUCUGAUUUUUCUCUUACCCCUUAUUAAUAUCCAAAAGUUGAAAGCCAGGUUAUCUUCAUGGUGUAUCCCUCUUACUGGUGCUCCUAACAGUGACAAUACUUUGGCUACCAGUGGCAGAGAAUGUUCUUUAUGUGGAGAAUGGCCCGUCAUGCCUCAUACCAUAGGAUGUGAACAUAUCUUCUGUUAUUACUGUAUUAAGAGUAGUUUCUUAUUUGACAUGUACUUUACUUGUCCUAAGUGUGGUACAGAGGUACAUAGUCUGCAGCCUCUGAAGUCAGGAAUUGAGAUGUCAGAAGUGAAUGCUGUUUAGAAACUAAAAUUGUUUCCUCUGAGGAAAAAUGUAUUAUGUUUAAUUCUUUAUAUUAGUCAUCCUAAGCAUGUUCUUUAGAUGUCUUUUAUGAAGGUGUGUGCUUCUCAGCCACUGUCUUCUCUUCCUUUUCAGGCACGACUAAAUGCUAAUCCCUGAAAACCACAUGAUUCUAAAUAUAUCAUGUAAAUGUUACUGUAUUAAAAAAAAAAAUCAUUGCAUUCAAUUUUUAAUUUCAAGAAUAAUGGAUAGUUUUUGUCAGAUGACUAAGAAUGCUCCUUCAUUUUGCUACUUCCUGGAAAGAGGUUGACCUCUAUAAAUAAAAGAUUUUGAAAACUCUG